UGUCUAUCAACAACACGUGUUCAUAUAAUUCUCUAUUAGCAUUAACAGUGCGCAUAGCUACUGCCCAGUUCAAACAGACACGAACAACAGUUAUCGCGAACGCAUUACCAGCUCCCCAUGUUGAAGUCAGUCUUAACCUGACCAGCCGGCAUGGAGCACGCACAUUCGCUCAUCGUUUUAACAUUGUUACAACUAUGCUUAGCAGAAAUUCCAAACGCCGCGCCGAGAUGGUAUGCAGUCAACUUAAUCAACGACUCUAACUAUUCACCGAAGCCAAUUACUGAAAUAUUCUCCGCUCAAAACACAUUCCCUCCGGAUAACCCAGUGAUCGUCCUGCAGUCAACUCAGUCGCCAAUAACGCAAGACAUUGUGGGAACAACUCCGCCCACCACAUGGAGCACGGGAACAACCAAUACUCAGAGCACGUCGUAUACACAGACCCAAUUCCCUAGAAUAUUAUCAGAUCAAAAUAUACAAGGAUCCACGGAAGAUCCAUCCACGCAACUAACACAGUCAACAGUUCCAUAUCCAACAACAAAUCUACGUGCCGAUCUGACGAGUAUUUUGGGAAACGUUUACCAGACAAGUCAAAGUCAGAGUUACUCUCCGUUCCAAACCACUCCACCAACAGUGGCUGUGACGCCAUCCACAGUACAAACAUGGCUACCUACUCAAUCGACCACACCACCUCCGGUACCCACGAGUGACUGGACUACUCUAUCUACAUCAUCGCCUAUCCCGCAGCUGAAUAGAGAAACAUACAACACAUUACCACCAUAUGUUCCCACCUUGAGAUCUAACGUUCCUUUUAAUCAACCGCAAGGACAAGCAAACGGCAAAGUGAGGCCUUGUGACUUAAAUGGAGUUAACCCUAAGCCCACUUACAAUGCCUCAUCUCCUACGCUAUUAAGCCCUAUCCCAAAGCCCAUCCUCACAAUCCGUUUGAAAGCUCCGAGAGGUUCUAUCACAAACCUGCAUAUAAACCCAAGUACCACAACUACGACUAAAAAACCUACAACGACUAGAAGAAGGAAAUCGCCAAAGGGAAAAAAUGACUAUGAGAUAUGCCUGGAUUCAUGCAAGGGCAGAAAGGAUCCGAUUUGUGCCAGUCCUUUAGGAGUACUUCCAAUCGAUUCCAAUACCUUAAAAGGUUUCCCGUCUUUAUGUCACAUGGCCUGUCAUAACUCUUUCAGAAAACAACCAUCAUACGACAAAGUAGCAGAUGGGCGUUGUGGAAGAUUGCGCACACGCAUCCGCACAGUUGAAAAGAACAAAAUAAAGCGAGAAGACCUGAACAAAGCCCAGUACACCGUUUCACAUUCUGGCCCCGAAACUGUUGUGGAAUUCUCUUCUUUGAAACGUUGAAGUGUUUUAAAUAUAGUUUAUUAUAAGGAAUCGUGAAAUUAUGUACAUUUUAGUUAUGUGUCGUAUGAGAAGUUAAGAACAUGAAGCCCUUGAAGCAUAAUAUGAGAUACUAAAGACAGUCAUACUUUCGAUGUUAGACUAGUGCCAGUCUAUACGUACAAACGACGGUUAGAGCAAAAAUGCUCUAAGGCCCUUUAACUGCUUUUUGUGUUAUAAAACUCAUAAUACUUUUAAAAAUAGGCUUACUUUAUUUUAGGAGUACUUGUAAUAUAAUUCUCAUUAUGUUUUAAUACUUACAUAAUACCUGAUAAUAUGCCAUGGUAAGUUCCAGAUUUCUACAUACUUCGAUAGACACGAUUAUAUAAAAACAGU